UGUAGUAAUGGCUAAUUAUUUUUAAGUGGGCGAAAAAUAUUAUGUAUGUAUUUGCAAUAUUUUGUGAUAUAACCAGAUCUCUUAACUUAGUACGUUUUUCAAUAAUUCCCUGAAAUGAAAUGAACGAAACAGGAUGGAUUGUUUAUUUACAUUUUUUAAAGUGACUGAGUAUUUGCAAGCAGAUUUUUAUUCCGAAUUGGUGAUUUAUUAUAUGCACGAAAUUAUAUAAUUUUAAAUCAUAGUUUUCUUAUUAUUCGUUUAGAUGAAAUACAGCAACUUAGUGGCCUAUUAUAUAACCAGAUCAUAAUAUAGCUAGCUGUUCCAAGUGUAUUUAUUAAUUAACCAUUUCAGAAACAAUUUUUAAAUGAAUUUCAUUUUAAUAGAGAAAAAUUAAUCGCCGUAGGAUGCAAUGCAAAAGUAUUUUAGUACAUUCUGCAAAGAUAUCGGAAAUUUGGUACCAUUCAUUCAAUGUCUUUUGUGUCACUUCGAAACAAUGCCGUAAUUAUUCUCGUUCUAGAAAUCCAUAUGAAGUUCUAGGUUUGGAAAAAACUUGCUCAACUCGGGAUAUAAAAAAAGCGUACAUAAAAUUAUGCAAAGAACUUCAUCCAGAUGCGAAACCCGGUGAUGAUUCUCAACAUAAGAAAUUUGUUGAAUUAAAUAAUGCAUAUACAACUCUUGUAAAUUCUGACAGUAGAAAACAAUUUGAUCAAAAAUCAGACAAAGCUCCUCAUAAAGUUUAUCAAGGAGUAUAUAGGAAAGCGCAUGGUCCUUUUGAUCAAGGUCAUUGGCAAAAGGAAGAAGCAUGGUAUGAACGUGAAGAUUAUAAACAGUAUUACCGGCAACAAAGCUCGUCCAGGCCUCUUAAGCAUCUAAGUAAUAAAUUGAUCGUAUAUGGUUGUUUUGUGCUUGUUAUUAUUGGUUCCGCCAUGUAUUUCAGUGCAUACAGCUUUGCAACUAGAUAUACUUUAAAUAAAGUUGAUGAAAGAAGUAGAAUAAUCAGUGAAAAUUAUCAAGAUACUCGAAAAAAUGCUUUGGAUGGCGGAAGAGAAGAACAAGUAGAAAAACUGAAAAGAAGGUGGAACUUAUAAAAUAUUUUGUGUUAGAUCUGCAACAACUGUUUAGUAAUGUUAAUGUUGAAAGUAGAAAUUUAUGAAAUAUUUAUCAUCUCUGUAAAUAAAAUAUUAUUUUACACUAUGA